AUGAACUACUUCCGCAACACCGCCGCCGGCAGUGCCAACAACAGCGUCGCCGCCGCCGGUGCACCCCCUCCCUCUCCUCCCGGAGGUGAUGGCGACAAACGCCAGCCCCCCUCCUCGCGUGCCAUGGGCACUUACGUCGUUGUGGGUGACAGCGACGACGAGGCUGCCGCAGCGCCCCAGCAGGUGGCGCACACCUGCGACCGUUGUGGCGACGCUUGUGGCCGCACCGGCAAACUGGCGUGCCAGCCUCGUGUCCGGGGAAAAGGCUGUGCUCCCUGCGCCAAGGCCAAGCGCACCUGCAACAUGAUGGAGAAGGAGUACGCCCAGUCGCCGCGCCUGCGCCGCGCCGACGAAACGAUGCGGGCCCUGGUCGAGUCCGGUGAGCAUGUGCCCGUGCCUGCGAAAAGCGGCCGGGGCGGCAACAUGGCCACCAUCACCCACACCCUGUCUGUCGCCAUCCAGGACUGGCAGCGGGCUCGCACCGAGGCCCAGGCCCAGGUGCAGCAGGCCGAGCUUCUGCAGGCCAUGAACAUGGGCGACCCCGGCGCGAGCAACGAUGUAGCCCUCACCCUGCCCCCUUCGACUCCUGGCUCCGGUCGUCGCGGCGCCAAUGCGGCCGAGCAUCAGGUCCAGGCCAUGGGCCAGAUGCUGCAGUUCGGCUUCAACCGGAUGAAUGGGCUCCAUCAGGUCCGCCACCAAGAGACCCUGGCCGCAAUGCGCGAGAGCUGCAACGCCGUGCAGGCGCUUGCCAACUCGGUGGCCGCGCGCCCCCAGCUGCCCGCUACUGAGGAGCGGCGCCUCCUCGACGUUCCCGGUUCUGGCAACCGCGGUCGCCACAGCGGCCGGAGCGAGCGCUAUGAUGACCACCGCGGUAGUCGCAGCGGGCGCGACAGCGGCCAUCGCAGCCGCUACCACAGCAGCCGCAGCGAGCGCUACCAUGAGCGUGACGAACGUUCCCUGUCCCCCUCUGAGGAGGCCCGUCGCCGCCGCCGCGAGCUUGAACGUCGUCGUGACGCGAGGCGUCUCGGGGGCGGCAGCUCCACGCCGCCAUCGGUCGAGGAACUGACCGACUCCCCGCGCUAG